AUGGGAGGCGGCCGAGGGCGCCGCCCCCGCCAGCGCCACCUGGCCCACCUGGUCCUGCUGGCAGGUCUGGUGGGCGCGGCCCCGCGGGCGGCUGCUGCUCCCUUUGACCCAGACUGGGCCCAAGAUGCAUACGCCGGAGCGCAGCCCGCCACCGGCCACCGCGCGGGGCAGGUGGCGGCGCGGGAGGCGGCCGUUGCGGCGCAGCUGCUGCAGGCCAUGGUGGCGGCCUCUGGCGGCGGCGACGGCGUCAUCGCCUCGGCGCCGCCACCCAACCUGGACGGCGUCGACGUGGGCAGCCUGGCCAGCCGCCUGGUGGCGGCGGCUGUGGCCGGCUUCCAGACCUCCGUCAUCUACGCACAGGCCAACAGGGGGCUGCGCCCGCAGCGCCUACUGGGGGGCGGCCGCACCCACUACUACCAGAUGCCGCAGGGCAGCCCGCGCGGCACCGUCGUGUCCUUCCCCGGAUGUGCCCGUGCCGCCAGGGGCCACUGGCCCUACGACCCAGUGUACUGCAAAGAGUGCUUCGGCCUGCCUGAGGAGCUGUCCCUGACCAAGCAGGCGCUGAAGCGCGGCUACGCCCUGCUGGCGCUGUCCCCGAAGGACCAGAAGCACCUGUGCUGGAGCUCCGGCACCGACAUCUCCGCCAACGAUCAGUCCCAGGCGAGGCCGCCCGCCAGCCUGGCGCAGUGCUGGGCAUCAUCGCAGACUUCCUGCUGGCGCGCAACCUGCAGGGCCUGCCGGUCUGUCACCUACGCCAAGCUGGACGUGAUCAAGCUGAGGGGCGUGGUAUCAGUGGUGUCCACUCCUUCUGUCAACACCUGGUCUGUGUUCCAGCGUGAUGGCCGCACUCUGCGCGUGCCCCCUGGGGUCUACCCCCCAACCCUGUUCGUCACAAUGGCGGAUGACCCUUGGGGAGUGAGCCAGGCCCCGGUGUGCGUCGACCUCCUGAGGCAAAACAACGUGCCCAGCAGCUAUGUCGUGUCCCCGGAGCGCAUCAUCCGGCCCUCCACGCUGUCGGACCGCAUCCCCGUCAUCACGCCGCAGCAGAGCGUGCUGAUCGUGCAGGCCCUGCAGCAGGUCGGGCUGCUGGACGCCGAGGGGUGGGUGGUGCAGGACCCCAAGGACUACAACAGGAAGGGGUCCAAGGUGUACGGCUGGACGCGCGCCGUGUACGAGCUGCUGCCGUGGAUGGCCAACUCCCACUCCCUCAACCUCAACCUGCGCACCUCGCUCAUCUUCCAGGAGCUGACCGCGGCCGACGCCCGACACGAGAGCAUGCACGAUUACGCCACCGCAUGCCUGGUGUGGCUGGAGUCUGGGGGCACGGCCAACCUCACCCACCUGGCCAGCAUCUACAAGAAGACGCGGCUGUCGCUGCUCAACAUGACUCGAAACUCUGUGCCGCCACCCGCCCCGGCAAAGCCCCGCCCCACCUCCCCAGCCCCAAAGAAGGUCAUCCCUGCUGCGCGAACGGUGGAGGCGUGGCAUGGCCGCACCAUCCGCCUGCAGUGCGCAGACGGCAGGGUGAUCAUCCACCUCUGGGGCAUUCGCUACGGCAACCCGUCCAAGGGGGUAGUGUCGGCUUUGUGCCUGCGCAAGGCCACCUGCAUCUUCACGGUCACCAAAGAGAAGUUUGGCAACCCCUGCCCAGCCGUGCCCAAGUCGCUGCGGCUGGGCUACCGCGCCAGGGAGGGGCGCCUGGCUGUGGCACGCUGCCCCGCCACCAACCAGGUCAUCACCUCCAUUGUGCGCCCCAUCUACGGCAGCAUCUCGCACAAGGCGGUUGCCACCAAGUGCCUCCGGCAUCACGAAUGCUCUGUGGCCGCCGUUGACCAGAAGUUUGGGAUUGACCGGUGCAAAGGGGUGCCCAAGACCCUGAGCUUCCAGUACAGCUGCGGGGCCGCCACAGCGGCGAAGCCUUCCAAGGCGCGUGGGCGGUGA